AUACUUACGGCUAUGAGUCUUUGUUUUUCAAAAUAAUCACAGGUGAUUUGGUUAAUGUAAAUUAAAUAAUAAAAAUGGCGAUACUUGAAAUACCAAUAGAAAUGCUAAAGAAAUCCAAGAAAAGAAAAAGUAAGGAAAGAUUGCGUGAAAUUAUAAAGAAACAAAGAUUAUCAUCGCAUAAAACAGGGCUUGGAUGUAACUGUAUAAGGCUGAAAUGUUUUCAUAAUGUUAAAGAAGAAGAUAGAAAAGUGUUAAUAAGAUAUUUUAACUCUCUAUCCAGCAAGGAUGCUCAAGAUUCGUAUCUUGCAAGUUUAAUAACUUUAAAUAACGUUUUAAGAAGAAGACCACGAAACAUUAAUUCAAAAGGUUAUAAUAGCAGUUACACAUAUAGACUUUUUAUUACAAAUCACGAGAUAUUUGCGAGUUCGUUUGUUUAUGUUUGUUUUUCUGCGUUUAUUUCUAUCUUUGGCAUAAAGAAGGGAAGAUUGGAGACCAUUAAAAGAAGCCUUUUAACUACAGGUCACUCUCCCCAUGAUAAAAGAGGUAAACACAAGAAUCAGUAUAACAAUUUUACUCCUCAACUAAAAAAUAAAAUAUGUGAUCACAUUUCUUCUUUCAGAGGUAGAGAGUCCCACUACUCUCAAAAAAAAACUAGGCGACUAUAUCUUAAGAAUUGAAUAUAACCAAGAUGUAUGACUUGUUUAAAAUCAAGUAUGCAAAUGAUCAAUUUCAUAUGAAUCUUAUCGCAACAUAUUUAACACUAGUUUUAACAUUUCUUUUGGGUACCCUAGGACUGACACAUGUUCAAAAUGUGAUGAGUUUAAAAUUAAAAUUGAUGCAAUAAAAAUUGAACUAUCUUUUAAUUCAGAAUGUACAAAGCCUGAACAACAAUUGCAUGAGCUUGAGUUACUGAAAAAACAGCACCACAAAGAUGCAAAAACAUUUUAUGCCAGGAAAAGAAAUGCUCGGUUUAAGAUGUUAUAUGAUUUUUUUAUAAAACAUUUAGACAAAGAAAUUCGAUCUGUAGAGCUAUUUUGUGAUUCAUGUGGUGGCCAAAACAAAAACUAUACAUAAAUUCGUUUUAUGGAUUUUCUUGUGCAUGAAAAAAAAAGGUUUGACUAUAUUAAAGUUACAUUUCCAGAACGUGGUCAUUCUUUUAUGGGAUGUGAUAAAGAUAUGGGAUUAAUUAAUUGCAAAACACCCACUAGUGAUCCAUCAGAUUGGAUUAAAACAUUCAAAAAUGCUCGUAAAAACCCCACUCCGUUUCAUGUUAUAGAAUUAACGCAAGGUAUGGUUAAAAGUAUAACUGAUUUUAUGAGACCAUUUUAUAAGAAUAAAUGUCCAAUUCCAACACGUCCUCUUCGUGAAAUUUGUUUCAGAGGAGACUCAAGUGGCAUUGUAUUUCAUCGUGAUUCGUGGAAUGGAUUAUUGUUGAAAACUAAUUUAAAAAAUAAUAGGAAGAACACUAUAAAUAGUGAGAUCCCCAUUCUGUAUAAUGCAAAACUUUGCAUCUCUGUGGCAAAGUACAGAGAUUUACAAGUAUUAAAAAGGUUUACAUCGAAUGCUCAGUUUUACGAUUCUUUGCCAUACAAUCAGGAGGUUAUUGAGACAUUUCAUGAAAUUAUUGAUUCUGAAAAUGAAGAGUAAAUAGACUUCUUUUUUGAUUUAAAGUUUGUUUUUAGUUAUUUUUUUCUUAGUGUUUUUUGAAAAAAUCUAUAAUCUUUAA